UGUCCCUCUUUGUCCGGUGCGACAGUAGGCCAUGAUAAUUAUGGCAACAUUUGCGUUUUUGAAUGAAUUAUAGUUGAAUGGUGGAUCAACAAGCAUACACCGUGUGAGGACUGGUUUCUGGCAAUGACACACCAGAGAGUUUCAAUUUAAAGGACAGCAGAGCAACGGAGAAAGGGUACAGUUUGCUUCCAAGACAGUCUGCAAGAUGGCUAGCUAUCUUCAGUGGCAUGCUAACGUUAGCUAGCAAGCUAAUGUUAGCAUAUAGUAAACAACAGUUGUCAAAACAUGAUAAAUUGCUUUAUCUUAUGAAUGAUGUGAUACGUAGAAUUGAGUGCACAUUCUUUUCACAAAUGACUGUAGAGAGGCCAAUCACAGUUUCGGAUUAAUGUCCCGGUGUUGCCGCUACUUGUUUAAAACCUCAACGCUGCUAGCAAACCACACAUUGAGUAACGUGGCUAGCUAGUGAGCCACGGCAGAGGCUAGCUGGUGGACUUCUCUGCUACACAUCUGUAAGUGAUCAUUCAUAGAGGGAGGUGGGGGUGCUCUGGAACUUGCUCGCGCUGGCAGUCAAGCCAAGGUAGCGAGCGACCCGUUUCACUCCGAUCUGGUUUGCAACGGGGCGAACUGGCGCUAAAUAACGUGAACCAGCUGAGCUUUACCUGACGAGUAUUUGGUGACCAAAUCCCGGCGUGACAGACACCGUGGCGAAAGAUUGGCAGCAGCAAAGGAGUUUGCAGACCUGGGCCGGCGUUAUAAUCUUUAAUAUACAUGUCAUAUUAGCUAAUGGCUGCCGAAUCGGGGAGACUACUGGCGGGACAAGGAAAACGAAGCAAAGCUUCACAGAUGAAGAGCCCGGAGAAGAAGAAGGCGAGGAAAUCCACCAACCAGGCGGCAGGAUUCUCCCACCUCACAGAGUUUGCACCUCCUCCCACCCCCAUGGUGGACCACCUGGUCGCCUCCAACCCCUUCGACGAUGACUUCACGCCCCCAUCCCGACCUACUGGAACAGGUGGACCAAGUAAUGCUCCAUUUCUUCCCAGCCCGGGUGGAGGAGGUGGGUAUGUCGCUGGGGGCAGAAUGGGCGUAGGCAUGGGCUUCAUGGGAGGCCCAGCAGGACCAGGCGGCGGCCAACCUGGACGGAGGCCACCGUUCGGACCUCCAUCCAACGCCGGUCCUCACCACCAGCUCGGCUUUGGAGGAAUGCCUGGCUUUGGAGCUGGCGGUGGGGGCGGUAGUGGGGGAGGUGGAGGGGGUGGAUUCCCCCCUGGUGGCCCUUCUCAGUUCAACAUGCCACCAAACUUUAGCCCUCCCAUGCACCCCGGGCAAGGAUUCAAUCCCAUGUUGUCUCCGGGGGCUAUGGGAGGUCCUGGGGGAGGGGGCCCACCCCACCCUAGGUUUGGCAUGCCUCCACAGCAGCAACAUGGACAGGGUGGACACCCAUUCAAUAGCCCACCGUUACCUGGUGGCGGAGGUCCCAGAGGACCCCCACAUGGCCCCCUGCCUCCCAUGGGAGGAGGCAUGGGUCCUGUGAUGAACAUGAUGGGUGGCAUGGGCGGUGGCCCCGGAGGCAACAUGGUGAGUGGGUUACCUGGUAUGCCACCUCAAGGACAGUUCCCUCCCUCACAGGAUGGGCCUUACCCUGGCCCCAGUCCACCAGGGCCAGGCAACGAGGAUGUAAAAAACUUUGGUGGAGGAGGGCCUGGGCCUCAACAACAACAACAACAGCAACAACAACAACAACAACAGCAGCAGCAGCAACAGCAGCAGCAGCAGCAGCAGCAGCAGCAACAACAGCAGCAGCAGCAGCAGCAGCAGCAGCAGCAGCAGCAGCAGCAACAGCAGCAGCAGCAGCAGCAACAACAACAGCAGCAGCUUAGCCUAAAUCCUAACGGCCCUUCUCCUAAUAAUACCCCUCCUGGCCCUCCUUCAAACUCUGGUCCACCGCAACCAGGAGGAGUCUUCCCUGGCCACCCUGAUGUCCAGCAGCCCAAUUCCAAUACACCUGGUCAGCCUCCCUCAGCACCGCCACAGCCUAAUCCCAAUUCUUCUCCUACUGGUCCCCUGAAUGGAUCAGGCCAGCCACAGCAUCCACCGCCAAAUCAGCUACAACCCCCCAGCAAUGCAAAUACCCCAAACUCUAACAACUCAACCCAGCAGCAGCAAUCCACCCCACCAAACUCUGCCCCUGGCUCGACUCCAUACAACCAGCAGAACAACACUCCCGGUGCAGGUGGUCCCAUGCCAAAUGCAGCCCCCAACCCGGGUCAGAACAGCAUGACCAACAACAACGGAGGCAACACUCCUGGCAGCAACCCAAAUCCCCCCUCUAACUCCACUUCGACGCCAAACACCCAGUCUCCCCUGCCCCCUGGUCCUGCGGCCCCCUCGACUGGGCCUGGCACUGGCCCCGGAAAACUCGGCGGCCCCGGGAUGGUGUUCCCUUGUGGCCUCUGCAUGGCGGAGGUGCAUGACGAUCAGGACGCCAUACUGUGCGAGGCGUCGUGCCAGCGCUGGUUCCACCGUGACUGCACAGGCCUGACAGAGCCAGCCUACGGGCUGCUGACACGAGAGAGCGCUGCCGUUUGGGCCUGUGACUUCUGCAUCAAGACCAAGGACAUCCAGGCCGUGUUUGUGCGUCAGGGAUUAGGCCAGCUGGUGGCAGCUAAUGAAAGUUGAGGAGUGGAUGACAACAGAAGCGUGGAGGAGGAGCGCACAUCAGGACAAACAGAGACAGUCUUUGCUUUGAUCUAACUGAAUGACCUGUGUCAUGUCAGCUACUCGUCCAACUUUCUCUUGACUAGCCCUUUACUUGUUCACUACACAGAGAAACACACUCAUUGACAUUCAUGCUUAUAUACAGCACUUUGAGUGACUCAUGGUCAAUUAUUUUUCUUUCCUCCGCCACCCCCCCCAAACGAGUCAAAAACAUGAUGAAUGUUAAUCUACACAGUCCUUCAGACGUCUAGCCUGCCAACCAGCAAAGCACUGACACCAACACACUACCUCACACACUUUGUGACUGACUGGCAUGGACACUCCCGCAAUGGCUGACUCGCCACACUUGUGCACCGCUCGAGUAGGAUGACAUUUUAAAACCACGUUAGGAGAAGAACGCGAUGUUGAAAAAUGUGUGUGUAUUGAGACAAUGACUUAAAUCAUCAGCGUUAUUCUCCAUUUUCUUGGCUUUAAAUUUAAAAAAAAACAUGAUAUAUAAAAUCUUUAAAAAGUGUAGAGAAAAAAUGUUUAAAGAGUGCCUGGAAAUCUAAAAAGGGACUUGGGUUUCAUUCAUGAGCUUUAUUUGCCAUCAGAAUGCUUCAUUUGAUCACAUUGUCUUUUUUACUGCAAUUGAAAGAAAAUCGAAAACUACAUUAUUAUAUUGCAGCGCUAAGUUUUAUGUGUUAUGUGAAACAAAAGUAAUUGUGGAGGGGGGGUACAUUUUUUAAAUUUUUAAUUCUAUUUUCAGUUCCUCAACACACGCACACAUAUACACGCACACACACACACACACACACACACACACUUUGACCAUGUACAUCUGUCAUUUGGUGCCCAGUGCUGAUUAAUCCAAAGGAGUCCCCGGCCGAGAUAUCAGCCACUUCACAGAUAUAGUUGUAAAUAUUAGGACAAAACAAUUGUCUGGAACUUCCAUCACUUGUGACCAUGCUACAGAGUUGACCAAUGAGCAAAAUACUAAGUUAAACUUAUGUGUCUUGGUUGUAUACAGUAUGAUGUUUUGGUUUUUAUACAGUAUAUUUGAGUCAACCUUUUUCUUUUUAUCUCUGCAGUAAACAUGAAUUGUGAAGUCAGUGCUUUUGGAUGGUGUUGGCAAAGCAAGUAGUGACAUCAUGUCAUCAGAUUUGCAUAGUCCUUUAAAAAAAGUAAAUACAAAAAAAAGAAGACAAAAUACGAGUCUGGGACGGGGGUGCAUGGGAACCAAUGCAGUAACUGUCUGAUCUGUUUAUGUUUAUAUUCUGGCCUCUGCACUGCAACAGGCCUUGAAGUAGACCAAAUAACUUAAGAGCGAACAAUAUCCAUUUCUGUCACGGUAUAAGGUGUUUAUAACUAUUCUUCCCUCCGUCUCUCUUUACUUUUCUUUAUUCAAUGUCCAAGUUGCCUUCUUAUUUUCUUGCUCUCAGCUGUUCCUUUUUAUUUUGUAUUGUGCUGUGCUCUUGCUCUUGCUUUGCUCUGGCGCCUCCUGGUGGAACCUGGAGGAACCAGUGAGACCCACCCAGGUGGGGAAGGGAAAGGUACUGAACUCUGAAGUAAAGACAUCAUUUUUGUUUUGUACUUGUCCAUGUUUGUUUUUAUUCACUUUUUUUAAUUUGUUUGCUUAUUGUUGUAUUAAAAUGAGGGUUGAAAAACCCAAUGAAACAGGUAA